CCGAGCUUCUGACACCAGUCUGCUUUCAUCAGCUCCUCGCCGUCAGCUUUUCAACUAUCGCUCUCCGAAGUUUGCCUUGCGCAGCAAGCCAGUCUUUUACUGUAUUUGUGCCAGUGUUGGUCGUGAAGAGUGUCCGCUGAAGAUGAGUAUGUCUCGGUCAGUUCCUCUGCUGCUGCUCGUGCUGUGUGGAGCCACGGACUUUGCCGGAGCCUGCAGCUGCUCUCCUGAACAUCCACAGCAGGCGUAUUGCAAUGCGGAUGUCGUCAUCAGAGCAAAAGUCGUCGGAAGAAAGGAGGUGGUCACCGGCAAUGACGCUUAUGGCUAUCCAAUCAAAAUGAUCCGAUACGAUGUCAAACAGUUGAAGAUGUUCAAGGGCCCCAAUGGAGAGAUUGACACUAUCUUCACGGGCCCCUCCUCAGCGUUAUGUGGAGUCAAUCUUGAGAGCAAUGGCAAGCAGGAAUACCUGAUCACAGGUAAUUUGAAUUCAAAUGGCACACUGCGCAUAAACCUGUGUGACUACAUCGAGUCCUGGGAGUCUCUGAGUCUGACACAGAAAAAGAGCCUGGGUCCACGCUACCAGAUGGGCUGUGACUGCAAGAUUGUCCAGUGUCCCAUCAUCCCCUGCUCCAUCAGUGAGCCUGUGGAGUGUCUGUGGACGGACUGGGUGUUGGAGGGAACCGUUCAGGGCACUCAGGCUCAGCACUACACCUGCGUCAAGAGGAGCGACAGCAGCUGCGCCUGGUACCGUGGAUCCACACCGCCUAAAAAAGAGUUCAUGGACAUCGAGGAACCAUGAGAAUACAUCCUUCAUUUAAGAACCCCAAUCCCAAACGCAGCUACCAACUCACACUUUAUUCUGAAGAUGCAUCCUAGAUCUUAUAUAACUCAUCAAACACAUGUUUGGGCCACGAAGGGCUCGUCCCAAAUUCGCAAGAAAAGAAAAGGAUUAUAGAUAGUCAUAUUUUUGUAAAAGCUAAUGAUCGAGUGAGUGAGAAAUCUUAUUUUGUAUAAAGAAAAUUAAACCUAAACUGAUUUUUUUAUUAUUAUUAUUGCAGUUUAAAUUUUAAAUAUGUAUCCUUACAAAAUCAUUCCCAUUAAUAUAGUACAUUACAAUUUAAAGGGGACCUAUUACGCCCUGUUUUAUAACAUGUAAAAUAAGUCUCUGAUGUCCCUAGAGUGUCUAUAUGAAGUUUCAGCUCAACAUACCGCACGAAUAAUGUUUUAUAUCUCUUUAAAACUGCCCCCUUUUAGGCUUUUAAUACAAAUGAUGCCUUUUUGGUGACUAUCGCUUUAAAUUCAAAUGAGAUUUCAAAAGAGGCCGGAGCUACAAACACCUUUGUGUCAAAAAGCAUGAAAACUCUUAUGAGUAAUGGAUGGCUGCUUCUCACUCAGGGCUGUUUAUGCUAAUGAGGGACAGAUGGUCGCUAGUGGGCGGGGCUUUCUCCCUCUGAUGACACGUACAACGAGAGAAUGUCAAUCAAAGUGUUUCUCCAGACUGAUUUUAUCAAGUGUGAUUAUAAAAUUUAGAUUUAAUUCAUUUUUACUAUUACAGGCUUGCUAUAUUCACGCAAUGUUGCCUCACAACUGCGUUCUAACCCCUUAUAAAAGUGAUUUUUGCAUAAUAGGUCUCCUUUAAAUCAAUAUUAGGUAUUAAAAACAAACCCAAAAGCAAAACAUCUGCAAACACAACAAAGGAAAAUUAUUUAAAAAUAUAUAUAUAUUUUAGGGGUAAUUGCGAUGCAAAAGUAUUUACCCAGGCAUGACAGGAUGCAUACAGUACGUUUGAUUUGCAUGUUAAUAUAUCUGAUGGAUCUUAUUGUGAAGUAUUUUAUAUGACAGGCAGAAAGUUUCUCUAAAGCACUUUGAAAACCCAAGUGUUUCGUCUUGUAUUUUUGUAUUUUCUCCAAUAAAGAGGAAAUUGAUUUCAACAUUGUUUUUUUUUUUUUAGUUCCUCAAGAAGAGCUUGAGAUUUUGACUCUUUAUGUUGUCGUGUUCAUGAUUUCAACAUCGUUCAGAAAGACUGCGUUGGUAAAAAUGCUUUUCCUACUUAGAGUUUUUGUCUUGUUUUAGUUCAAAUAUCUAAACACUCUGAAAUCAAGAAGUGUUUACUAUAUAGGUAAAUAAUAUUGUCUUUUAACAAAUAAUAUGUUAAAAUUAAGCGAGUUUUGCCUUAAAAGAAGACAAAUAAUCUGCUAAUGGUGUAAGUAAAAUGUUCUUAUUUUAAAGUGAAAACCAAGAUUAUUUUGCUUGUCCCAUUAGCAGAUUUUAUUAGCUUUUUUUUAAGGAAAAACUCACCUAAUUUUGACUUAUUAUUUUCAAAUAGCAUUUUUUCUAGUAAACACUUCUUAAUGUAAGAAUUUUUAGAUAUUUGGACAAGAAACAACCUUUUUUGGGAGGGAUUAAAAUCAGUUUUUUUGCAUUGUGGAGUGAAAGUCUGCUAGUAAGCUACAAACAAGCUGUUAAAAUCCAAUACAUUUCCAUAAUGAAAACUUUUUUAUAUAUAUAUGAACAAUUCAAGAUACUCUUCCAGUCCAAAUAUAGACAUUCUUCACUAAAAUUGUGGGUUUUUAUUAUGCUCCUCUGUUCAAAUGCUUAAAAUUAGAUCUCAAGACAAAUGUAAAUCUGUUUCUCCACAUGGUUUUAUUUGUAAAAUUAUUUGUUUUUGUGCAAAAACUAAAAAAUGUUCAGUUUUAUAAUUCAGAUGUGAGUUUAUUAAGAUGAAAGUCUAGACUUAUGCUUGCUAGUUUGCAUGAUAAUUUGGACUAAGUGUUAAUUGAGGAAUGUAUAUUGUCAGUAAGAUGUAAAUUCUAUACUGUACUGUGCAUAUAGCAGCAUACAUAAUUCUGUCAGUUGUAAUAUAUACAGUUUUUUUUUAUUUAUAUAAAGUUUUUUAUGCUCUAAAUUUGUCCAGAAUAAAUAAGCAGUGCUCUUUCAAUUA